AUGAUGGGACCUGUUGGCCUGAAAGGGUCCGGCGCAGCCGCUGCCCUUGCACGUCAGAGGAUGACCGCCAUGUCCCGCUCCUCUCGAUCUAUGUCCACCUUACGGUCACAAAGCCUGCGGUUCCCUAGCCAGCGGGGCCAGUUGAAGUCAGCACUAUCCGGAAGUGCUCCCUGGCGCAUGACACCAGCUGUUGUCGGCCCGGCCGCAGUCCGAUUCAAUUCCACCUCCUCCGACUCGACAUUCCCCGAAUUUGCGCUAGACGGCUCACUGAAGAACGCAGUCAACAUACACGAUAUUACCACGAUUCCGGAGAGCAUUGGAUACCUUAAGCAGCUUGGGCUGGACUUCGGCUGGGGCUUCACGUCGACGAUGCAAUGGCUUAUCGAGCACACUCACAUUUGGACCGGUUUGCCAUGGUGGGCUAGUAUCGUGGCUGUCGGUCUUCUAACGCGUGUGGCAAUGCUGAGGCCCGUCCUUAGCGCAUCUGAGAACGCAGCAAGAAUGACCGUCGCCAAACCCGAGACUGAACCCCUCCGACACCAAAUGGUCGCUGCUUCCACCGAAGGGAGAUCGCAGGACGCCCAGAUGGUGAGGGCCCAGCUCCAGGAGAUCAACAAUAAGCACGGAAUCAAGGCAUGGAAGUCAUUGAUUCCCAUGUUGCAAAUUCCUCUUGGUUUUGGGUGCUUCCGAGUCGUGCGAGCAAUGACUGCGUUGCCAGUGCCGGCCCUAGCCACAGAAACAGCGGGAUGGAUCAAGGACCUGACUGUUGCUGAUCCUACUUACAUGUUGCCCAUGAUUGCUGCGGGCACAUUGUGUCUAUCUCUGAGGAGAGGUGGUGAAUCCGGCCAAAUGCCCGUGAUGCAAACCGAAGCAGGGAAGUACAUCAUCUAUGGUUUCCCUGUCAUGUCUUUUGCCUUCAUGGCAUUCAUGCCGAGUGCCCUACAGCUCUACUUUGCCUUCCGGAAGUGGAUGCACUUGUCGAUUGCUCGAAAGCCAUCGGAUGGGCCGAAGUACUCGGCAGUCACCGAAAACACCCAAAGCAAGGGCCUUCGCCAACUGCUGGAACGGCUUGAGAAGGAAAAAGCCGCGCAAGAGAAAGCACGCAGCGAAGUCUCCGUGUCACCCGCACACGAAGACGCGAACAUCAGCUUCAUUGACCGCAUCUACAAGAAAUUCGGGAAAGCCGGCUCCGGCCUCUCUGAAUCAAUCUCAAAAACCAUGGGUACUGGAACGCUUGAGGAACGUCUUGCGAAGGACAAGAAGAAGCGCGCAGCUGAAUACGAACAACAGCGAAAAGACGAGGAUGAACUUAUGCGGAGAGAGCGUAACGAAGCCCGCCGCAGGGAGCACAUGCAAACCCUGGAGAACGAAAGGGCGAAGGCAAGCAAGUCUUUGAAGAAUAGCCAGACGGCUGGUCGCAAACCUAACGGGCCGCGUGGCUCUCGCCGUGCUUGA